AUGUCACCCACCACCAAACGAAAGACGGAAGCCGAGUCAUCUCCAGAAAUCUCCAAGAAACAGCGACAAGAAGAGGAGGAAGGAGAAGAGGAAAUGACAACCAAUCCCCUCCCCGACUCUCAGAUCGACCAUGCAGCAGCAAUCGCCUACUGGUCUUCCACCCCGGCCACUGUCUCUGGCGUCCUCGGCGGCUAUCCACAAGUCUCCCGCGUAGACCUUCAAGGUUCUGCGAAUUUCUUCGGAAAAUUGAGAAGAACAUCCAAGCACUUCCCCAAAACGAGUGGGAAGCUGACACGAGCGGUGGAUUGUGGAGCCGGGGUGGGAAGAAUCACCAAGGGAUUGCUGUCGGAAAUCGCUCAGGUGGUGGAUAUUGUCGAACCCGUMAAGAGCUUCACUGAUGAGGUCAAGGAUGAAGGGUGCGUGGGCAAGAUCUAUAAUGUGGGGUUGGAAGGGUGGAAGCCAGAAUACACCUACGAUUUGAUCUGGAAUCAAUGGUGUGUGGGCCAACUCACCGAUGUACAACUGGUGGCAUACUUGAAGACUCUGCCCGCCUUUCUCAACGAGGGCGGAUGGAUCAUCGUCAAGGAGAACAUGAGCAAUCAUCAUCUCGGAGAGGAUGUUUUUGACCCCGACGACUCGAGUGUGACGAGGACAGAUGUGAAGUUUCGAAAAAUCUUCGAGGAUGCUGGGUUGAAGUUGUUGGCGACGGAGGUGCAAAAGCGUUUCCCCAAGGACCUCUAUCCUGUGCGGGCAUAUGCUCUACAGCCCAAGUAG